AUGGCCAAAAGUGCCAAGAUCGCUCGCAUCGAAGCAUUAGAGAAAGACCUUGAGGUGGCUUUGUCCGCAGCUCAAACUAAGCGCAUUGAGACGCUCGAAGUAAAGAUUUCUGAACUUGAGAAUCAUCUAGCGAUACUCCCUAGUUCUUCGGAUCGGCCAACAGAGCUUGAGGCCUCUCAAAGAGCUCAAUGCCAAGGUGAGUCUGUUGAUGCGCAAUGCCAACAAUUUGAUUUCGGACCUUCGAUGCGGACGGGUGAAAUUGCCAGAACCCCGGGCCGGGGUAAUAUAGAUGCCAAAGAGGUAGAUGAGAACUUUCUCUUUGACAUGGAACAAGACUGUCGGGUGGUCCGAACCGAUUCAGAGGAGCACAAGGUUACCAUAGCCACAAUGUACUUCACUGGGGAUGCCAAACUGUGGUGGCGAUCGAAGGUUGAAGACAUUCAAAACAAUCGGUGCACCAUUAGCACAAGAGCUCAAACGAGAGCAAUUCCACCCCGAAAAUGUGGAGUAGAGUAUAUAGCGCGUUGCAAGUUGAGAGAGUUGCAACAGACCGGUUCACGUUAA